AUGAAGCAGCUUUUGAUUUUGUUUCUAUUCGGUUUUACUGUGUAUGCCGGGAAAGUUCUUGUCUACAGUCCGGGCAUCAGUUACAGCCAUCUCAUAGGUAAUGGAAGAAUUGCCGAUGCUCUUGCUAAGGCUGGCCACGAUGUGGUUAUGUUCAUACCGGAAUAUACAAAUUUGGGAACUUUUACCGGCACCAAGUUCGCCAAGGUGUUUAGGAUGAACAACAUUAGCUCUAAAGCGGAGAAUCUUAUAUCCCUUGAAGAGCAAAGGAAAUGGAUGGAACAGCCAUGUAUACCACUCUCCGAAAGAUAUGCCUUCGAAUCUGUUAAUGCGGCAAUGUGCGAAGCCUUGAUGGCUCGACGAAACGAACUGGAAGUGUUGAAAAAUUAUGGGUUUGACGUCGCAUUUGCUGAACAGCUAGAUUUUUGUGGAAUAGAAGUAAUUAGCCUUGAUGGCUCGACGAAACGAACUGGAAGUUUUGAAAAAUUAUGGGUUUGA